CACUCACCUCUUUCAUCCCUCUCUCUUUCACAUCACACGUCGCCUUAUAAACCCUCAAACUAUCAAAUCUCUCUCUCUCUCUAGAAAUCGUCUAACUUGCAACACAAACAAUGGGCGCUUCGCUUCCUCCUAAAGAGGCCAACCUCUUCAAGCUCAUCGUCAAAUCUUAUGAAACAAAACAGUAUAAAAAGGGGCUAAAGGCAGCGGAUGCUAUAUUGAAGAAGUUCCCAGAUCAUGGAGAAACUCUCUCAAUGAAGGGAUUAACAUUGAACUGCAUGGAUCGUAAGCAAGAAGCAUAUGAGCUUGUACGGCUAGGAUUGAAGAAUGACCUGAAAAGCCAUGUUUGUUGGCACGUCUAUGGUCUUCUCUACCGAUCGGACAGAGAGUACAGGGAGGCAAUAAAAUGUUAUAGGAAUGCUCUGAGGAUAGAUCCUGACAACAUCGAAAUACUUAGGGACUUGUCGCUUUUACAGGCACAAAUGCGUGACUUGGCAGGUUUUGUUGAAACUAGACAACAAUUGCUGACACUAAAACCUAAUCAUCGGAUGAAUUGGAUUGGUUUUGCAGUUUCUCAUCACCUAAACUCAAAUGCAUCAAAAGCUAUUGAUAUUCUGGAAGCAUAUGAAGGGACUCUCGAGGAUGAUUAUCCUCCGGAUAGCGAACGUUGUGAGCAUGGAGAAAUGCUGUUAUACAAGAUAUCUUUAUUGGAGGAAUGUGGCUUUCUUGAUAAAGCUCUUAAGGAGCUGCGCAGAAAAGAGUUCAAGAUUGUUGAUAAAUUAUCCUACAAGGAAGAGGAGGUUUCUCUCCUUUUGAAGCUUAAUUGCCUUGAUGAAGGCGAAAAGUUGUACAGGGUGCUACUUACAAUGAAUCCUGACAACUACAGAUACUAUGAAGGAUUGCAAAAGUGUGUGGGGUUGUAUUCGGAGACUGGCCAAUAUUCCUCUGAUGAAAUAGAUAAGUUGGAUGCUUUGUACCAAUCUCUUGGGCAGCAAUACACCUGGUCGUCUGCUGUUAAGAGGAUCCCGCUAGAUUUUCUGGUUGCUGAAAAGUUUCGAGAUGCAGCAGAUAAUUACAUUAGGCCUCUUCUAACAAAGGGAGUCCCGUCACUGUUCUCUGACCUUUCUCCUCUGUAUGACCAUAGUGGCAAGGCUGAUAUUCUUGAAAAGUUGGUCCUUGACUUGGAGGAAUCACUUAAAAAGACAGGUGGAUACCCUGGAAGAUCAGGAAAAGAGCCACCUUCCACACUUAUGUGGACUUUGUUUUAUUUGGCUCAGCAUUAUGAUAGACGGGCUCGGUAUGAUAUGGGUCUUGCUAAAAUCGAUGAAGCUAUGCAACAUACUCCAACUGUUAUUGAUUUAUACUCUGUUAAGAGCAAGAUACUAAAACAUGCUGGGGACUUUGCUGCAGCAGCUGCUUUGGCAGAUGAAGCUAGGUGCAUGGAUCUUGCAGAUCGAUAUGUAAAUAGUCAAUGUGUUAAGAGAAUGUUGCAGGCUGAUCAGGUCCCACUUGCUGAAAAGACCGCUGUGUUGUUCACAAAAGAUGGUGAUCAACAUAAUAACCUGCAUGACAUGCAGUGCAUGUGGUAUGAACUUGCUUCGGGGGACAGUUAUUUUCGCCAGGGUGACCUUGGACGUGCUUUGAAAAAAUUCUUGGCUGUUGAGAAGCAUUAUGCAGAUAUAACCGAAGACCAAUUUGAUUUCCAUUCUUAUUGUUUAAGGAAAAUGACUCUACGUGCCUAUAUUGAAAUGUUAAGAUUCCAAGAUCGGCUUCAUGCUCAUGCUUACUUUCGGAAGGCAGCAACUGGAGCUAUAAGAUGCUACAUUAAGCUGUAUGAUUCUCCUCCGAAAUCGUCAACCGAAGAAGAUGAUGAACUAGCAAAAUUGCCUGCUUCUCAAAAGAAGAAAAUGAGGCAAAAGCAGAGAAAAGCUGAAGCGCGAGCAAAAAAAGAGGCAGAAGUGAAGAACGAGGAAGCUAAUGUGAGUGGUGUUUCCAAGUAUGGGAAACGAAAUGUCAAGACAGUUGAUCCAGAUCCAAAUGGAGAGAAACUACUGCAGACUGAAGAUCCUUUAAUGGAAACCGGAAAGUACCUGAAACUGCUUCAGAAGCAUUCAUCUGAUUACUUGGAGACACAUUUGCUUUCAUUUGAAGUAAAUAUGAGAAAGCAGAAGAUCUUGCUUGCGUUGCAGGCUUUGAAGCACCUGGUACAACUGGAUGCUGAAAACCCAGACUCUCAUCGUUGCUUGAUAAGAUUUUUCCAUAAAGUGGCAUCAAGAUCUACUCCGACGACUGAUGCUGAAAAACUCGUUUUUGGUGUAUUGGAAGCAGAACGACCAACUUUCAGUCAACUCCAUGGUAAAUCUCUGAUGGAGGCAAAUGCUGUUUUCCUCGAACAACAUAAAGAUUCCUUGAUGCACAGAGCAGCGGCAGCCGAGAUGAUCUAUUGUUUAGAACCAAAUAAAAAGGCAGAGGCAAUCAAAUUGAUUGAAGAAUCGCUCAAUAAUGCCGUUUCUAGAUCUGUGAAAGAAUGGAAGCUGAAAGACUGUGUUGCAGUUCACAAAAUUUUGGUGGCUACUUUUGAUGACCGAGAUGCUGCACUGAGAUGGAAAAACCGAUGUGCAGAAGAAUUUCCGUACUCAACCUACUUCGAAGGCAGAGUCUGCUCUGCAAACAAGGCUUCCAAACAGGCACACGAAAAUGCUGAAAAUGGCGGUAUUGAUUUUCUUCCGUCAAACGGUAAAGUAGAAAAAAUCGAGGCCAUCAAGAAUCUAGCCAUUUAAAACCGACACUUAAAAUCAGAAGGUGUUGAAUUAAAUUAGAGCCCAUGAAAAAAGAUCGAGAACUAUAGAUCCCGGAGUGCGUACUAUUUAUUUCUAGAUCCUCAAAGCCGACUUCUUUUGUUCAUGGGACGAUGAUUCCUUUGAAAAUGUGUAUAAUUUACUCGAGUUUGCUUCUAGUCGGCGAAUGAAGUUUUUGCAAGAUAUGGGAAGUUGGAAGCAACUUUAAAGCGAUUUUCGAGUUAGAGCGAAAACGACCUGCUUUUGAUCGAUCGUAGUCGAAAAUGUGGAGAGUAUGUUGUACUGGUGAUUCUGGUUGGUUCUUUUUUAUUUAUGUUGUAUAAAUGCUAUAUUUUUUAUUUGCAAAAAUUUUGGCAUUUAAAUAUUUUAGAGUGAUUUGAGCCUUUGCUAAUUGCUAUUAUUUCCAUGGAUAUGG